UCCACAUGGCUGAGUUUGAUCUGAUGGCUCCAGGGCCUCUGCCCGGGGUCCCCGCUCACCCUCCGGCCACUCUCAGCCCAGACUCUGGGUUGGCCAGCCCAGCAGAGGGAGAGGGCACAGCCUCCCUGGGGAGCUCCCUGGGGGAGAGCUGGGGACAGAGCCGUGGCUCUGCCUGGCAGGGGCGUCCUGGGGCGGAGGUGGAGGAGGAGGAGGAGGAGGAGGUCCUGUGCGACUUCUGCCUCGGGGCCAACAGGGUGAGGGCCAUGAAGUCCUGCCUGACCUGCAUGGUGAACUACUGCCCAGAGCACCUGCGGCCGCACCAGGAGAACAGCAGGCUGCACGGCCACCAGCUGGCAGAGCCCGUGAAGGACCGGGACCUGCUCGUGUGCCCGGCCCACCGCAGCCCGCUGGUUGCCUUCUGCUGCCCCGAUGGGCAGUGCAUCUGCCAGGAGUGCGGCCGGGCCGAGCACAGGGGCCAUGCCUCUGUCUCCCUCGAUGCCGCUCACAGGGACAAGGAGGCUGAGCUUCAGAGCACCCAGUUAGACCUGGAGCGGAAACUCAAGUUGAAUGAAGACGCCAUCGCCAGGCUCCAAGCCAACCAUAAAUCCGUUCUGGUGUCGGUGUCGGAGGUAAAGGUGGUGGCGAAGGAGCAGUUUGGGGACCUCCUUGCUGCCAUGAGGAAGGCCCAGGCUGACGUGAUGCUUUUCCUGGAGGAGAAGGAGCAAGCUGCCCUGGGCCAGGCCAACGGCAUCAAGACCCACCUGGAGUACAGGAGCGCAGAGAUGGAGAAGACCAGGCAGGAGCUGGACAGAAUCGCUGCCAUCGGCAGCCCCGUGCUUUUCCUGGAGGAGUACUGCAAGUUCAAGAACAUGAAGGACGAUGCUUUCCCCAGUGUCUACAUUGGACUCAAGGACAAGCUCUCGGGCAUCAGCAAGGUCAUCGCGGACUCCACCGCGCACCUGAUCCAGUUGCUGCAGAAUUACAAGGAGAAGCUCCAGGAGUUCUCCAAGGAAGAGGAGUACGACAUCGGAACUCAGGUGUGUGCCUUCACUGAGCACAAACACUGGACCUCGGAACCUGAGCCCAGCACCAGGCAGCAGUUCCUCCAGUAUGCCUGUGACAUUGCCUUCGACCCCGACACGGCACACAGGUACCUCCGGCUGCAGGAGGACAACCGCAAGGUCGCCAACACCACGCCCUGGGCGCACCCGUACCCGGACCUCCCCAGCAGGUUCACACACUGGCGGCAGGUGCUGGCUCAGCAGAGCCUCUACCUGCACAGGUACUACUUCGAGGUGGAGCUCUCCGGGGCGGGCAUCUACGUGGGCCUGACGUGCCAGGGCAUCGACCGCAAGGGCGAGGAACGCAACGGUUGCAUUUCCGGAAACAACUUCUCCUGGAGCCUCCAGUGGGAUGGCAAAGGGUUCAGGGCCUGGCACAGUGACACGGAGACCCCACUCAGGGCCCGCCCUUGUCAGAGGCUGGGGGUCUACGUGGACUUCCCCGGAGGCGUCCUCUCCUUCUACGGCCUUGAGCCGGAGGCCAUGACGCUGGUGCACCGGUUCGACUGUAAGUUUUCGGAGCCCGUCUACCCAGCCUUCUGGCUUUCCAAGAAGGACAACGCCAUCCGGAUUGUGGAUCUGGGAGAGGAACCCGAGAAGCUGGCACCGACCCCGGUGGAGCCCGCUCCCUAGAUGCCGGGGUCCAGAGCCCAGACCCGUGCUAACACACAGAUGGGGCGGCAGCUUGCGCGUUAAGGCUGACUGGGGGGCAGAAUCCCUGCCAGCGGUUGCUGGCUUUAGAAAUCACGUGGGUCAGAGGAUGAGGGGAAGGGUCUCUGGCCGCCGCCUUGGGCUCCAUGCAGCGCUGUUCCCCACGUUUGCAAUAAUCCUCAGGCCCUAAGUCCCCCUCACCAUCUUCUCGUGGUGUCCUGUCUGCUUGGGUGAACAGCGCACUGUGCCCAGAGGUGGUCACCAGGAAUCCUCAGAACCAUCAGAAAGACUGCAGAGGAAUCAGAAUAAAUUGCUAACUUUAUCUCGCUUC